CUACAGAAGAAUGUUGAAGAUUAGGCGCACGAGGCCAGGCGGUGCCCUGCCUGACGCUUUGGCUACGGCACUUAGGCCCACGAUGGCGCUCUGCUGCUGGCAUCGGAAUGGCGUCGUCACCUUCGCAGCUUUCUUUACGGUGGUGGGGGUGCUGGUGAUCGCAGCGGGCCGCCUGUGGCUGUCUUGGGCGGCGGUGGCGCAGACCGCGGUCCAGCCUGGAGAGACCGGGCUGCAGUACCGAGCCAGCCCCAUCGACUUCAAGAUCUUCCGGCUGCUGAGCAGGCGCCUGGAGCGACUGUCCGCGUCCGAGAGGGAGGCCAUCGCAGCUUCUCGGGAUCUGUACGAAGCUAAGAUGAUCGCGAUUUCGUUCGUGGCGCUGGGAGUUGUCAAGACCAGCCUGUCCGUGGUGCUGCUAGUGGCCGCCUUGAUGGAGCUGGAGCGAGUGCUGCAGGUGUUCCUGUUUGGGGGUGCGCUGGUGGUGGGCGUGGCAGCGAUGCAGGCGGUGGCUGUGGAGGUGGUGCUCCUCCAAGACCGGCCGGCCAUAGAGUUCGCCAUGCCUGCCACACUCACCAUGUGCGGCGCUGCCAUCGCGCUGCCUGUAUCCGCCAUCUUGUAUCUCGGUGUGGACGUGUUGUCGCUGGUGUGCGUCCGCAAGUUCUACUGCGAGCUGAGGACGCAGCGGCUUCGGCCCUGCGCGCUGCCGCCGGCUGCACCCAUCUGAAGAGGUCUGCCACACGGCGGAUCCCGCUCAGAGGAAGUUCCAGUCGCCACAUCCGGCCACACUGCCGAACGCGGUUUGCAGCCAAAGAAAAGAGGGCUCCAACCUGCCGGUAGCCCUGCGGGGUCCAACGGCUGCCACGCGCCAGUUUCGUCAGCAGUGAAUGGCGCUAGAGACUGCUCUUUUCGUGUUCUUUGUCAUUUUCCUUCCUAGUCAAUAAAUAACGUAGACUCAAUUUUCUACGGACGUAACUAAAUAAAUGUUCGAGAUGUCU